GCACAAAUCAAACAUUUAGACUGCAGGAGAGCACGACACACAGCUAACGAGUUGAACAAUGUCUCUAAUAGUCACACUGCUCGUGCUGACAUUGGUUGCCCAGUGUUGGAGUGCACCACAGAGGAGAAACUGGACCCCUCAGGCCAUCUUAUACCUAAAAGGAGCACAGGGACACCGCUCAGUGGUGCAGCGCACCAGCAGAGAGGACGGGGACACUUUACACAUAGAGACUCACAACCAGAGCAGUGAUGGACCUGGACUGUCUCUGUCGUCUAUUCUCCUGGAGCUUCUGCAGCGAGCUGUGGAAGAAGGUGGAGACGAUUCAGACGAUCAAGGGCUGAAUUAUAACUUCUUGUGAAGACAAAUGUUUUUUCUUUACCUGUCUUAUUGUCUAUGUUUUUCUAUACAUGUUACUUGUCAGUUUGUGUUAACUUGCAAUUAAAUAAAAUUCCCUUUGCCUUGUCAGUGAGCUGUGAGUUCAACACUUUUACAGUCACACGACACAUUAUGAAAUAAGAAAAGAAAACAAAAAACAAAAGAAGUCUGCGUCAGCU